AUGGCUGAUAGUACUGCAAUGCCCGAGAGUCGUUAUCAUGUUCGCUCCAUUAGCUUGCCCACCCGAUCCCAUCCUACUGCUACUUGUAUUGAAGAGGAGCUGAGCAAGCUGAGAGCCUUGGAGUCUUUGUCAACAGCACAAUCAGGAUCCCAAUUGAAGGCAGAAUCAAUCUGUGUUUCCCUGUUGGGCCUUGCUGAGUUGCACAAGUGCAUUGAGAAUUUUCUUCAGAUGCCACAAACUCAGCAGGCCUUGCUCCAUCAUCAACACAAGAGAUGGGUGGAGGAGAUGAUAGAUGGAUCAGUCACAUUGUUGGACAUAGGUGGUGCUGCAAGGGACAUCUUGAUUCAAAUGAAGGAAAUUAUCCAAGAUAUUCAAUCAGCUCUUCGCAGAAGAAAAUUGGAGGUGUUGCUUAACAAGGUUACAGCAUACAUUUCCUUCAAGAAAAGGGUGAAGAAGGAUGUCAGCAGCUGCCUUAAGACAUUGAAGCGAUUGGAAGAGAAGUAUGUAGCCUGUCCUCUCUUAGAUUAUGACCAUGACUCAGCAAUGGUGGUCAGGGUCUUAAGAGAAGUCAGCAGUGUUGCAAUUUCUAUCUUCUGGGCACUGUUGUCAUUCUUGUCCAUCCCAGUGUCAAAGCCAAAGGUUGGUAGAUGGAAUUUGGUGUCAAAGUUGAUGCAGAGGGGAUUAGUAGCUUGUGACAAUGAAGUAGAUGUGAGCAUGAAUGAGGUGGAAUCUGUUGAUGUUGCACUUUUCGCCCUGUCUCCCUGCAAUGCAAGCAAAGAUGCUGCAGUUGAGAGUUCACAGACAGCACAAAAAAGGUUGAAGGAUCUGGAGGUUAGCCUUGAAAGCGUCGAAGAAGGAUUGGACUUCCUUUUUAGGCGACUAAUACAGACCAGAGUUUCUUUGCUCAACAUCCUCACCCACUAG